UAGCAAUGGCCCACCCCUCCCAAAUAGGCUUCCAAGACGCAGUAUCCCCCGUAAUGGAGGAAAUACUCUACUUUCAUGACCAUGCUUUAAUAGUCGUCUUUUUAAUUAGUACAGUUGUGCUUUAUAUCAUUGUUUUAACGGUCUCAACUAAAUUAACCAAUAAACUUCUAAUUGACUCUCAGGAGAUUGAAGUUAUUUGAACAGUGCUCCCUGCAAUUAUCCUACUCUUAAUUGCAUUACCUUCUUUACGAAUUCUUUAUCUUAUAGAUGAGGUAUCUAGCCCUUAUCUUACAGUUAAAGCAUUAGGACAUCAGUGAUACUGAAGUUAUGAAUAUACUGAUUAUGAAAAUCUGACUUUCGACUCUUAUAUAAUCCCAACUCAAGACUUAACACCUGCUCAGUUCCGCCUUCUUGAAGCAGACCAUCGAAUAGUCGUACCAUUAGAAUCCCCGAUUCGAGUUUUAGUCACUGCAGAUGAUGUACUUCACUCAUGAACAGUCCCUUCCUUAGGUGUUAAAAUAGACGCUGUACCAGGCCGCCUAAACCAAACAACAUUUACCUCCCUUCGUCCCGGUGUGUUUUAUGGACAAUGCUCCGAAAUCUGCGGGGCUAACCAUAGCUUUAUACCUAUUGUUGUAGAGGCUGUGCCCUUAAAACAUUUUGAAAACUGAUCUUCUUUAAUACUACAGGACGCCU